GUAUGGAGACAAGUGUAGAUAGUUUUUUCAAAGGUUUUGGCUGAGAAAGAAAGGAGAGUUAUAAGACUCAGGGAGAUGGAAGGGUUUUUUAAGGAUGGGCAUGUUUGUAGACAGCAGGGAAAGAUCCAGUAGAUAGGGAAGAAUUGAAAAUUUAAGAGAGAGAGAAUGAUUAUAUGUGUCUGUAUGGAGGGGCAAUCUGCUGGAGAGAACUGGAUUAGAUAUCAUGGAGGGCACACAAAGUGGGGUUUGCCUUGGUGAGGAGGAGAGUUACCUCUCUUAGAGAUGGAAUAAAGGAGCAGAGAAUAAGAUGAGGCUGAAAGAUUAAGAAUCUCAAUGUGAAUGGCUUCUACUAUUUUUUAUUGAAGCUUUUUAUUUAUAAAGCAUAUCAUGGAUAAUUUAAAAUUUUCUUUUCUUUUCUUUUUCUUUCUAUCUUUCUUUCUUUGCUGAGGUAAUUGGGGUUAAGUGACUUGCCCCAGGUCACACAGCUAGGAAGUGUUAAGUGUCUGAGAUCACAUUUGAACUCAGGUUCUCCUGACUUCAGGGCUGGUGAUCCAUGCACUGCCACCUAGCGGUGCUUCUACUUUUUUUUUUUUUAAAAACAAAUUAUUUUUAUUAUCAAUUCUACAUUUUCGCCCUCUCUUCACCCUUUCCUCUACACAUUGAGAAGGCAAGAAAUAUGACACCCAUUAUAAAUAUGCAGUCAUUUAAAGAUCUCCAUAUUAGCCAUAAACUGAAAAAAAUCAAGAAAAAUUAAGGGAAAAUACUUCAAGAUUGAAGCAUAUUAUUUUUACUUUUUUUCUUUCUCAUGAUUUUUCCCUUUCGAUUUGAUUCUUUGUCCAUAGCAUUACUAAUGUUUAAUACGCUUGUACAUGUAUAACCUAUAUCAGAUUGCUUGUCAUUUUGAGGCAGGAGGGAGAAAAAAUUUUGGAACCAAAUUCUUACAAAAAUGAAUGUUGAAAACUAUCUUUGCAUGUAAUUGGAAAAAAUAAAAUUUUAAAAAUAUUUCCAUCUGCAACAUGAGACCAUCAAUUUUCUAUCUGGAGAUGCAUAAUAUUUCAAAUCAGGAGUUCUUUCGAGUUGUGGUGGCUCAUUUUAAUGAUUAGAGUUACAAAGUCUUUCACAAUUGAUCAUCUUUACACUUGCUGAAAUUAUGUAGAUUGUUUUGUUGGUUCUACUCAAUUUUACAUCAUUUCAUAUAGGUCUUCCCCAUUUUUCUGAAACCAUUCAUUUCAUUUCUUACAACACAAUAGUAUUCCAUCACAUUCAUAUUUCAUGUCUUGUUUAGUGAUUCCUCAAUUGAUGAGAAUCCCCUCAGAUUCCAAUUCUUUGCCAACACAAAAAAGUUGCUAUUGUUCACAUGGAUUUUUUCCCUUUCUUUGAUUUCUUGAGGAAAAUACCUAGUAUGGUAUUGCUGAGUUAAAGGAUAUGCACUGUUUUAUAGCCCUUUGGACUUAGUUUCAAACUGUUCUUCAAAAUGGUUGGACCAGUUCACUUCUUCGCCAACAGUGUAUUUAUUAGUGUCUAUUUUCUACAUUCCCCCCAGCAUGUGUCAUUUUCCUUUUCUGUCAUCUUAAUCUGAGGAUGAAGUAGUACCUCAGAGAUUUUUUAAAUUUGCAUUUCUCUAUUAGUGAGUUAGAAGUAUUUUAAAAACAUGGAUAUUUCAUAUCCUUUGACCAAUUACCAUUUGGAGAACAGCUCCUAUUUUUUUGUAAACAUGGAUGUUUCCCAGUUUUCUAUUUUUAUUCUAAUUUCAGUUUGUUUUUUAUGAAAACUUUUAAGUUUUAUAUAAUCAAAAUGAUUUAUUUUACCUUGUGUGAACCUCUCUCUUUCUUGAUCAUGAACUCUUUCUCUAUCCAAAAAUUUGACAGUUUCUUCCAUGAUCUAAUUUGCUUAUGAUAUCAACCUUUAUGUUUAUGCCUACUUUUGCUAGACUGCUUUCCAGUUUUCCCAGGAAUUUUUGUCAAAUAGUGAGUCUUUAUUUUCUCAGUAAACUAUGAAGAGAGGUGCUCAACUGUGAGUAGGAGUGGGAGUAUGGGAAGCUUGAGAAAAGAAAAGGUUUAGAACAGCUGUUGAGAGAGCUGGCUAGAAAGUCAAUUAUGGAAGAGUACAAGGUUUUAUUUCUGUAUUCUCCAUUUACUUCCAUUGAUCUGCUUCUUUCAGGUAUCUUUUAAGCUGUCAUUUUAAUGAAAUAACAUGUGGCUAAAUGAUAGUACAUUUUGAUGGACUACAUCCUAGUUGAAUGGAUAGACUCAAAGAGUAACCAAUAGGCUGAUGUGAACUUGUAAGAUAGCCUCCAGUAGAGGUACAAGGAUCUGUGCCUAAUCUUCUGCUUUUCAAUGUUUUUGUUUGUUUGUUUGUUUUCCCCCAGUGACUUGGAUAAAAGGAUAGAUGGUGUGGUUAUCAGUUCUGCAGAUGACACAAAGUGAGAAGGGAGAGCAAACAUAUUGGACAGCAGAGUCAUUUUCCAAAGUGAUCUAGGAGGACUAGAAGGACGGACUGAAUCUAUAACAAUCAUAGAAUUUAGUACCAAAAGGUCCUUUAGAGAAAUGAGUAAUGGGAAUCCCCCAAUGCUUUUCAGACAAGAAAAUUAAGGUCCCAGAGAGAAGAAAGGACACCUGUAAGAUUAUACAGGCAAUAAGGAGCAAAGCACCACAAAUCUGAAAAAAUAAAAUACUAUUUUAAAAGAAAUUUUUAUGAAAGUUUUGUAUAUAAGAUUUAUAAGCAGCCCCCAAAUGGAGGUCUUCCAGGGGAUGCUAAAUAUAAUAUAGGGGAUUAGCGGAAAUGGCUUUCAUGCCCUUAUACUUUGAGAGCUUGAUCCAGACUGCUUUCUGUAGUGCGCUGACAUGGACCCCUCCUGAUGCCGAGUUCUGAUUGAGCUGGCCCAUUCCACUUUGGGACAGUUUUCAUCCCUGUUGUUUUUCUUUACUUAUAAUCCCAAAUUUCCCAUGCAAAUUCUUUCCAUCUACUCUUAAUUCUGCCCUCCGAAGCCAAACACCAAGUCUAAUUCCUUUUCCAGCUGACUUUUUCACAGCUCUCAAGUGUCUCCUACUCCUCACCCCCCAUCCUGAGCCUUCUCUUCAGACUAAACUUCUUCAGAAACAUGAAUAAGUCCUGCCCUGAAUAGUCGGUCUUUUCAUCUUCUGGAUGUUCUCCUUAAAACACGCUUUAGCUGUGCUAUUGUUAUUUCUAAAAAUAUGCCGCCCAGACUAGGCGGUACCAUGGAUAGGGACUCAGAAAAACCUACAUUCAAAUCCAACCUCGGAGGCUUACUAGCUCUGUGAGCAUCGCCAAAUCGCUCCGCCUCCCCAAGCCUCAGUGUUCUCAUAUGUAAAAUGGGGAUAAUAAUAACAGCCCCUACCUCACGGAAUUGUGAGGAUCAAAUGGAAUUAUUUAUUAUCUUUCCCUGUCAUGUUAGCUAAACUGAGGGGUGUGAAGAGGUAUCUCCCCUCUUAACCCUAAGCAUUUCUUUUGGGUGAGACAGGCCACCCUUGACCAGGGCAGGAAUGGAUGGUCAGCGCGCAUUUAUUAAGCACCCACUGGUCAGGUUCUGCGUUAGGGCAAAACUCGGUCCCUGCUCGCAAGGAGCCCCGUUCUAACAGAGAACCAGCUGGGAAACAACUGCGUGAGAACGGGGUGCAGGCAGGAUAACGAAGCUGGGCGAUCUCUGGGGGAAGGCACUAAGAUUAAGGAGACUGGAAAAGAAUCGUUUCUUUUGGUAGGAGGUGCGAGUUUAGCUGAGACUCGGAGGAAUGCAGGGAGGCACGAGGGACUGCAGGCUUGAGGGAGGACGCCAGCGCUCGGGGGGUGGAGGCUGGUGCAGGAGCACGCAGGAGAACGAGCAAGCGGAGGACACGACAGGAAAGGGAGAGCAGGAGGGGUGGGGCAGGCCGUGAAGGCUUGCAAAGGAGCCACUGGGCAUUCAGGGAGCCAUUGGGGUGUGGGUGGAGAGAGAUCCUGCCCAAUCCUGGGCUUCCAAGUAGUGCUCCCCGGAGGGCUUAGGGAAAGCGCCCUUCGCCCAGGUCAGGGUAGGACUGCCCACUGCAGCGGCCGGAGAAUGGAGGAGAACCGGAAGGGCCGGGCCUCAGUCUGAGGAGGGGCGAGGCCCGCUCUUCUCCGCCCAGUCCCCAGGUUGCACCAGGAAGCACUUCCCGCCUCGCCGCUCUCGGGUUCCCGCCCCGCCCCGCGCCUGCGCCCUGCGCGCCGCUGGCCUCCGAGUUGGCCCGGACUAGAUCUCCACGUGCAGCAGCCGAGAGAGGGGACGCGCUCCUCCCCACGUGAUCGCGCACGGCGCUCCCGCCUCUUAGUCCUUUUAAAAUUUUAAACACUCUUCCAGCCUCCUCGGCCUGGGUGCUCCGAGAGUAGAAGCGAGAAUAUCCCCCGGGAGCGGGGGAAGCAGCGGGAAGUGAAUAAAGCCACAGCAAGAAGGAGGCAGGGUUCUCUGGAUGAGGAAGCUGAGGCCGACCUUGUGACUUGACCCACGUUGCACAGCAGUUGGGCAGCUACUCUUCCCCUUCCCAGCAGGCCAUGGCCGCCCCGGUGCCUUUGGUCUGCAGCCAGACGGUGAGCAGGGUGAGCUCUGUGCUGAACCGGGACGUGAAGCAGUUUGGAAAGAAGCAUCUGUUUGACGAGCAGGACGAGACAUGUUGGAAUUCUGACCAGGGCGCCUCCCAGUGGGUGAUGCUGGAAUUCCCCCAGUCCGUUCGCGUGUCUCAAGUGCAGAUCCAAUUCCAGGGUGGGUUUGCAAGUCGCCAAGGUCGCUUGGAAGGUGGCAGGAAGAGUGAGUCUCUGGAGAAGAUUGGGGAUUUUUACCCCCAGGACAACAACUCCCUGCAAAGCUUCCCUGUGGCAGAUGUCACACUGGACAAGCUCAAGGUAACUUUUGAAAACAGCACUGACUUUUUUGGCCGGAUCAUCAUCUACCACCUACGGAUCCUUGGGGAGAAGCUGUGAGCGGCCCGGCCAGCUUCCUACACCUGCAGGACUCCCUGGAGGAGGCCACUGGAAGGACAGCAGAAGCUACACCUGCCUCUGGACCAGGUGGCCAGCAAGUAGAAAGAGUUAUGAUUUGGGUGAACCAGCGUGGCCCCUACCCCCUCUUCUCCCUCCAAGAACCUGGGAAGAGAAUCCCAGAAAGAAAGAGCCUCAGAGCUUCAAUUCCAGGAAGCCAGCCUUGAUUGGAAAACAACUGACAUGCUAAUAGCAUUGUAGAAACAGCUUUGAAGGACUUCAGAAUUCUGGUCACUGCAGCGUUUGGCUGAGAUGCUGAAGUACAUGUGAGAAGUUCAGGAUGCAAAAUAAGCAUUCUUUGGACUACAAGUUGUAGGAAUUUGUUUUGCCUGAUUGUGCACAUUUGUUCCAAACAUCUUUUUUUCUAAGUGGUAAAAA